GUGGUGAUGGUGGUGCUGAAGGGAGGGGGGGGGGGGAGGGAGAAGUCCAGUCCGCGUUUUGCAAGUGCACAGGAGUAAUCAGAGAGAAGUGGAUAAUAGUUGUUAGAGCUCGCUCUCUCCUCUCUCUCUCUCAUGCCAUGCUGGGCCAGAUAGGCUCAGUCAGACGUGUAUUUACCCAUAUCCGGGUUAGAGAGGAAAAGAAAAAAAAAGUUUCAUUUAAACCUGAACUAAAAACUUUCAACAUGAAAUCCCACAGCAAGAACAGACAUAGACCCAUCAGCCCCGGCGGGUGCGGACCACAGUGAUCGGGGCGCCCCGCUCUGCGUCCGUAGCCGGCUCACUUGACCCAGGAUCUCCCGGCGGGGGGGAGCCGGAGCGGCGGUACCGGGAUCCAUGCUAGGGGUCGGCGGCGAUGGGACGAGCGGCGGCGGCGGCGGCUUGAAUAAUGUAGCUCCCCAUCACCUCCACCACCAUAAUGAACUGAACAUGGCCAAUAAUGCGAGCUCUGCCGCUGCCGCCGCCGCCGCCGCCGCCGCCGCCGCGGUUGCCAGUAAUAAUAAUACGAAGAGCAGCGGCGGCGGCGGCGGCAGCAGCGGCGGCAGCAGCUCGUCCGAGGCGGCUCAGAAGGAAGGUGGGAGCGCCGUGGUCUUAUCCUCCUCCUCUUCGUCCUCCUCCUCCUCCUCUUCGUCCGCCCCAGCCAUGGAGACGGGACUGCUCCCCAACCACAAACUGAAAAACGUUGGCGAUCCCCCCGCUGCACCUCCCCACCACCAGCAGCACCACCAUCAUGCCCACCACCACCACCACCACCACCACCAUCCUCACCAUCUCCUCCACCACCACCAUGCACUACAGCAACAGCUAAAUCAAUUCCAGCAGCAACAGCAGCAGCAGCAACCACAUCCAAUUUCCAACAACAACAACAGCCUCGUCGGCGGCGGCGGCGGCGGCAGCAACAACGGAGCGGGGGGCAGCGGCGCUGCUGCUGCUGCUGCUGCUUCUGCUGCUGCUUCUGCUCAGCCCAGUCCUGACAUGGAGCCCCAGCAACAUGGAGGAGGCAAAGACGGUGUUUUGGGAAAUCAGGCCGAGACCCAAGCGCAGCAGUUGCUGAGCAAGUCAGGCGAAGAGGAAGAGCUCCCAACUAAAAUGGGGGAGCAGAUGGGCGGCCGGUAUGAGCACCCCAGCCUGGGAGCUUUGGGCGCGCAGCAGCAGCAGCAGCAGCAGCAGCAGCAGCAACAACAGCAGCAGCAGCAGCAGCAGCAGCAGCAGCCGCCCCAAAGCACCGGGAACGGCAGCGGCGGCGGCGGCGGUGGCGGCGGCAAUGGUAGCCUCGGCAGCGGUGGCGGCAGCGGCGGCGGCGGCCCCUCCGCGUCGGUGGGGGUCUCGGAGUUUAAUAAUUACUAUGGCAGCGCUCCCCCUGCGAGUGGCGGCACAGGCAGCCGAGCCGGGCCUUGCUUUGAUCAACAUGGCGGACAACAAAGCCCCGGGAUGGGGAUGAUGCACCCGGCCGCCGCCGCUGCCGGGCCCCCCAACAGCAUGGACUCCUUGCAAAACUCCCACGAUGGCUACCCCAACAGCCAGUACAACCAUUAUCCCGGCUACGGCCGGCCCGGCGCGGGAGGCGGUGGAGGCGGCGGCGGCAGCGGCGCAGGGCAGCAACAUGAUGAUGGGCCCGGGAGGCGGCGGCGGCGGCGGCGGAGGAGGCGGCGCAGGCGGCGGCGGCGGUGGGGCUGCUAG